AUGUCGACCCAGGCACAACCACGUGCGCAGCUGCGAAGUACCUGCAAUGCAUGCGCCGAUGCAAAGAUUGGAUGUACCAAAGAGAAGCCUUCAUGUGCUCGCUGCGUGCGACGAGAAGAGACCUGUGUCUAUGCUGUCAUUCGCCGAGCAGGACGUCCCGCUGUGAAGAAGACCAAGGUGACGACCGAUGGCCCUAGCACGACUCAGCAGUCCGCAUCUGCCAUUGAUAGUGGUAUACAGAUGCCCACUCCAAUCUCUGCUACCGCGGGAGCACAAGGGCCUCUCGCAAUGGCGCAAGCACCUGAUGCUGUGAUGAUCGACCAGCCUUUGUCGUCCACCUCGCCACAGCUGUCCAGUGACAUAUUCAAUGCUUCCACUCCUGACUUCUCAGACUUCAGCGGGCAGACAUGGUCUGGCAAUUCGGUGCUGCAGAUGGUACCAGAAACCACAGCCGACGAUUUCGACUUCCUAGGGUCUCUUACGUUGCCGCCUGACUUGGAUGCUAAUCCCGAUCCGGGGCUAAACCACAACGACUUUGACUUUUCAUUCACACCUUGUAGCAUCGGCAUUCCAGACCGGCAAGUGCUAUUUCCGAUUGAGAUGCCCACGGCGCCCAUGGGAGCCGGGCAAGUUUCAGAACAUGCCAACCUUCAGCAGAUGCCAACCACAACAAAAGCAAAGUUGGGAUUGGUGGAUUGGUUCUCAACGAGCACCAGCAGCACAGCCAGCGGCUCUCCCCGGUCGAUCCCUACUCCGCCCCUACGCAGAGAUUCGGUGUUGGGCCAGGUUGCUCCGAGCUCGCUGUCAAAUUGUGGCUGCAGUACGAAGGCACAUACAGUCUUGCGUGAGCUGGUCAUGGACAAACAGAAAAGCGAGACACACACUCUGCGCCAGCUGGAGUAUGUACUGUCGCAGAACCAGACAGCAAUGGAGACGACUAGUGCCAUGCUCGCCUGCCCUUGCGCCAAGGACAUCUCGUCACUUUUCACGCUGGCGCUGGUCGUGUUCAAGACGCUUGGGUGGUACGCAGCAGCGGCAUCAGCGUGCCACGCAAACACGACCAACCUACAGGCAGGCGAGCUGGGAAAUCGGCCAUCGUUAACCGUACGGCUCUCGGCGGACGGCCUGCCCGGCUACGAGCUGGACGGCGAGGAUGGGAACCACAUUGUGCGGCAGCUGGUAUUGUCGCGUCUGCAUCAGGUGCAACGGGUGGUAAAGGUCCUGUCUCAGCAGCUGCACGCGAUGGCAGAGAGGGAGCAGCGGUCGCGGGCGACCGGCAGCGGCAACGGUAACGGCAUCGAUGCCACGGUGAAGGACCUGCUGUUCGACGACAACCCGUUCGACCAGACGACGUCGCAGAGGCUGGCGCAAGUGCUGGAGGCCAGUAUGCGCGCUCGAUUGCGCGAUCUAUCUCAGGCGUUGUUGACUGCGCUGCGAGACGGUUCACCCUGA